GCGCAUGUGCAGGAAGGCCACACGUGGAUUGUGUAAACCAGCUACGCAGACUUACGCAGCUCUUCAGAAAUGGCGGCCGACGGUGGCAGUUCUUUUCUGCAGCUACCCUGCGUUUUUUCACCCAAAUCAAAACAGUAUUUAGCGUUGUGUGCUCAGGACGGCAGACUUCGCGUGUGGAACACAGACAGCAAAACACUUCAUCAAGAAUAUGUGCCUUCAUCCCAUCUGAGUGCUACAUGUACCUGCAUAGCAUGGGGACCAUGCCGGACAGUGAAGGAGGGGCCUCAGAGGAAGAAGAGGAAAUCGGAGGCAGUGCAGGUGGAGGUGAAGCCAGACCUGCUGGCGAUGGGCACAGCCGUAGGAACUGUGCUGAUCUAUAGUGCAGCGAAGGGAGCGCUGCAAUGUACCCUGGAUGGGGGCCAUAGUGGAGGAGUGAAUUGUGUUCAGUGGCAUCCUGAAGACAGUUUAUUAUACAGCGGUUCAGAUGAUACAAACAUUAUUGAGUGGGACCUGCAGACCGGCAAGAUGCGGAGUAAGUGGAAGGCGGACCGUGCAGCAGUUACCAGCUUGUGCGUGAGCCCUGAUGGCAAACUGCUGCUUUCAGCUGGACAGAUAAUCAAGAUGUGGAACUUGGCCACCAAGGAGAUUUACAGAAAAUUCACAGGUCACACCACGUCUGUGACGACCCUGCGCUUUGCCACCUCACGUACUCCUGACAGUAACGGCCUGUAUUUCCUGUCCGGGGCUGCUCAUGAUCGACUACUCAGUGUCUGGCAAGUGCGAGAAGACGGUAAGGACAAGAACUCGGUGGUGUCCUUCACACUGACAGCUGAGCCACAGAACAUCGACCUCAUCACAUCAAACAGCAAAGAAGAGGCGGUACGGUUAGCAGUGGUGUGUAAGGAUGGGCAGCUGCAUUUCUUCGAGCACUUUUUGAAUGGGCCCUGUAAGAAACCCUUGGCACCUUCAUGUACAGUGCAAAUGUGUGACACCAAGGACUCCCCAGCCCCGAUUCCCCUGCUGGCAGCUGCCCUUGGAGCGGAUCCUCGGACCGUGCUGCUGGCCUACGGCAACCACCUACAGCCUGUGAUUGAGAAAGUGGAGAUCAACACAGCAGAGAAACGCAUCAGUUUGACUCGAGAUGUUCAGACCAGCUUGUCCCUUUCCAUGGAGACCUCCAUUUCCAAGGUGAAAACCCCAGUUGUGAAUAUCAGUAGCAAAGUACUGGUCCCAGGAGUUCCUGGACAUCAGGCCCCAGUGAAGGGAGCUCCCCAGGCAUCAGGGAAGAGAAAAAAAGACACGGACACCAAAGAGAUGUCGAUAGCAGAGCGACUGGGAGAAGUCAGUCUGUCUGAAGUCUCCACAGAGAAGGGGGCUACAAAAGGAGUGGCCUCCCUACAAACGGAUAACUUCGCAGUCCUGCUGGUGCAGGGCCUUGAGAGCAGUGACGCCAGCAUCCUUAAUAAAGUGUUUCAGACUCGCAAAGAGAUGGUCAUAAGGAAGACGGUUGCCCGGUUACCGGUACCUGCUGUUUUACCAUUGGUGGAGGAAAUCACAAAGAGAAUCCAAGGUCACCCCUUCAUGGCAGUGCUAAUGGUGCGGUGGCUCAAGGCUGUACUAAUUAAUCACACAUCAUACCUGGUGUCGCUGCCAGAUGUGGUUUCCCAGCUGGCAGUGCUUUAUCACAUGAUUGAAAGCAGAGUGAAGAUGUUCCACAAACUAUCAAAGCUGCAUGGGAAACUGUAUUUGCUAAUGACACAGGUGCCGACAAGUGACAGCAGUAACAACGUCACAGAUGCUGACCACACAGCCAAGCUGGUGUACGAAGAGGAAUCAUCUGAUGAAGAUGACGCGUCUGGUGAUGAAGCGCUUCCUGAUGAUGACUCUGAUAACUGGGAGGAAGAGGAGGCGAUGGAGGAGAAAAUGGCCGAAGAUCACAGCGACGACCCCGAUGGAACAGAAUCCCAAGCUAACGGCCAGGAAGACAUGCAGCAAGAGGAAUAUGAGGAUGAUUGAGAAAAGCCAAUCUCACAUAAAAUAGACCUGAGAGAGUUAUAUAUAAAUAUAUACUUUCAUUUUAUUUUCAUGCUUUUGAUUUUAUUAUCAAAACAAAGUGGUUUUACAAAAUCAAAGGACACAUUGAAAUGUGGGCUACCUGGCCACCCCCGACCCCCCCCCCCGAAUGAGGAAUUUAUGCAACAAUUUGGACAGAGGGAGAACACACUGCAAAUCGAACCCAGUUCUCCUGAUGCAUCUCCAUCCGAGCUCGUGUGCGCCAAAACCUGCAGGUGCCGUUUAGUUUUACAGCUGAUCAGAGCGUUCUGUGUUCUCUUCUAACCCACCUUUAUAGUCCUUGGUGACAACUUGUUCAGCGGAGAUCUGGAGAACAAACAAGGAUGCAGGGCUCCACUUGUUUGUUGUAUAGAAUACUGCACGAACCAGAGUUGGGCUGGCAAGAUGGUGGCCAUACAUCAUGUCCUCACCUGGUGUAAAUCUGUUUGUACAGUGAAGUGUUUGUAUGAGCUCUUUCCUCUACAGCUUCCCCCAUUAAACCUUGGGAUUAAAUGAACUCCACUAAG